UGUCAAUGUCCGUCAGCCGUCCCUUUUCAGCAUCAAUUCAAUUUCAUUCUAUUGAAAAGAAGGUGAUCGUUUGCAGCCUUAAUGUCGCGAUCUAACAAAGCGAACACUUGCAGCUACACAAUGACGUCGACAUCGUUCAACGUAGGUCUGGGUGACGGGUCGAGGCUGUCGAGCCGCGUGCUGCGGCCCCCGGGCGGCGGGCACACCGACAUCUUCGGCGGGGAGCCGGAGCCUCCUCGCGGCAGACGUCAGGUGCCUGCCGCUAGCGGGGCUAUGUUUGGACAUGGCGACGAACCAGUGAAGACACCAACUGCAGCUGAGACUCCAACUCAGAACGGUUCAAACGGAGCUCCCGAGCCGGCGCCGCAGCCCGAACCCGCGCAAGCUGCACCCGCGCAAGUCGCACCUGCGCAAGUCGAACCCGCGCAAGUCGCACCCGCGCAAGUCGAGCCCGAGCAAGCGAAACCCGCGCCAGUACAAGCCGCGCCCAAGGAGAGCCCCAAAACACCAGAACAACCCAAGACUGAAGCCCCCAAGAGAGUGCGAGUGCCCCCCGGAGGCUUCUCCUCCGGCCUCUGGUAAAACGGGAACGCCCGGGACCUCUACUGUGCCUUACAUUAUGUUAUAUGUAGACGAUAUCUUUGUUACUGAUUGAAUGAAACGCUGUGUUGACGGAGCUUAAUAAUUCGCCCAAGUAUUUGUUGGGGUGUUCACAGCUGUGUGUUGACAAAAUGUGCCAAAUUUACGCAUUUUGUACUGAAGUUAGUAUGAUUGUUGUGGUCACGAAGAUAGGUUUACAUAUAGUCGGCCAGCCAAGUGCUAGGACGGUGGUCCCCAGCCUUUCCGCUUGUGUAAAUCCUCGUGUUUAUUUACUCAAACUAUAUUAUACUUUACGUACACGAAGAAUUUAAUUUUUAUUUUAAUCUAUAUUUUUCGCUUGUGUCAAACUAUGGCAAAUAUUGCCGACUCUACUAGACUAAUGUACUGUAGUCACAAAAAUUUAUAGGUACUAACGAAUUUCGCGUAGGCCUUUUUAUUGUAAGGUUCAUGUUAUGGGUCGUUUCGAUAUGGUUUUGUUACGAUGUGCAUGAGUAUAAUUUUAUUUUAAUUCGGUAAUUAUUUACUUUUAUAAAUGGACGAUCUAAUGAUUAACAAUCGUCGCUAAUGAAAUCAUAUCAAAAUGGGAGCUCGAGUUGAAAAUGUAUGAAUAUUUGCAAUGUUGCUAGUUCACGACUGAAGUGUGUAUCACAGGAUUGUAGUUUGUACUUAAGAAAUUUUCCGUUAGCAAUUUGAUAAGUUACGCCGCAAGGCAGUGCGAUUAUGUAUGUUAACAAUGUAUUUUUAUAUGAAUUAAAUGCUAUAAAUUUUA